UUUCGCAAGCUGUGUGGGAGAAGAAUUUUUUUUUAAGUGACCCUUGAGGUUAAUUAAACUCGUUUAUACAGUGAUACAUCAAGCAUUGCUUCCAAGUUAAUUGGCAGUGUAUUUUGUAUGAAAUGAGAGAGAAAUCCGAUUCAUUCCGCUUUAGCUGCUUUGCGAAUAAUCGUUUAAAAUAGCUGACAACUCAUAUUUGUAAAUUACAAUUACAACCUACAGUAUGCUUUCUCGGAAACAAGAAUAAACGAAGAGUCUUAUUUGAAACAGAAAUAAAAUCAAAUGAACCAUAAACAUUACUAUUGUUUUGGAUGUCAUUAAAUAUUUGCCAUUAAAAAUGAAUUGCAAUGUGAGAGAGCGAAUCAACAAAACUGAAAGAGUAUUCAGAGUGCAUAGAUGUUUCAGGACAACUGAAGAAAAACAAUAAAAUGUAAUCACAUGAUUAAUGCAGGAUAUUGACACAGCAUGAUUGCAUAUUUACCACCACAACGAAGAAGCUUUGAGGGUGGCAGCUACUAGUUCAUAUAAACAAACGCAGAGGGAGAAAAGCACUCAAAUCAUGUAUUUAACACAUUCGAAGUUUUUGUUAGAAGCAACAAAUGCAGGGCAUCUUCAAAAUUCAUACAACAAAUCCAACAGGAUAGGUGGAAGUCGGCGACCCAGAACUGUUGAACAGAAUAACAAUAGCAAUUUUAACGAGAAACCAUCUGCACAUCUUGCGGUCGAUUUAGAAGAGAAACCUCUGCUCUAUGAGUACUUUUCGAAUACAUUAAAUCCCGUUAUUGAUCGUCGAAAUUUUGAUGAACUUGACAACCAUUUGGGAAAACGUAGCAUUGAUACAGAAUCAGACCGAUAUUCACCAAAACGUUUCUUCCUCGAACGACCACGGGCCUUACCAACCGUACAAGAACAACAACAAAAACAACAUAAUUUUCAUGAGGUAAACAAGGCUGACUAUCAAGAGUACAUGAAACGGAUGUUGAACGAUGAACGAAUCAUGCCAAUGGUAAAGAAGAAUUUCGACGAGAUUGAUCGUUUUGGAUUAAAUCGUUUUGUACAAACAUCGCCAUAUCAUUCACUCUGGAGCAAGCGGAACAUUGACGAAAUUGACCGUUUGGUGCCACAAAUUUUCACCGAUAACAAGCGCGAAGAAGCAAAUAAUUAUAUGCCUAGAGGUGGCAAAUAUUCGAAAUAUGUCUGAACACCAUUGUAACCAAUCAAACCCGCGCUUUGCGAAUUGAUAACCUACAUGUGGACAAAGACAACAUCAAUGGACUUUCAUUUCUCUGUAUUUUAAAUGGUAUCAGCCGCUGCUACGGUUGAACACAAAAAAGAAACAAAAUAACAAGUCACAACAUUUAAUUUCUAUUUUAAUUUCUGUUGAUAAUGAAGUACACAAAAUUUAAAAAAAGCUAAAAAGAAGCUGUAUUGUAAAUGUGGUGCCAUUAAUAUUAUAUCGCGAAUUGAUUAAUUUGUAAGUUAGCUAUGACUCACAGCCUGUGAGCAGAGUGAUUAUAUAACACUAUAGCUACUAAUUGACUAUUUGACAAAUGAAGAUCUUGUUAAAAUCAUGUUUUAUGUUUAACAAAAAAAAAUUAAAACAAAAUCGAUUGAAGGGAAUAUUACGGACUACUAUGAUUGUGAUCAUUAAUAAAACAAGAGAGUAAAGGAUAUUCAUGUUUUGCAUUGAAGCAUACGCUUACGUCAUUCAAUUUAUUUACCAGAAGACGAAAAGAAAUUUAAAAAAAAACAUAUUUCGAUGUAUUCAAUGUACUUAAAUACUCGUUAAAUAACUAUUAUGUAAUUCGGAAUUUGUUUUUCAUUGAGGACAAAAGAAUGAUUAGGCAAAAAACAAUUAUAACAAAAAUGAAUUUAAUUAUACUCCCCUAAAUUGUGUAUCCAUGUUUAAUAAACUUACACUCACACUCACAACGCAUUCGAAA